GGCGAGAAAGGCAGGAUCUACACGCCGAACAACAUCAAAGCAGCGAUCAACGAUACGGUCACCUUCAUGUUCCAGAUCAAGAACCACACCGUAACCCAAUCUGCCUUCGCAGAACCCUGCACUCACCUCGUAAACAUGACUUCGAACCAGUCUGGAUUCCGUUCAGGAUUUGUACCUGUCGCAGCUAUGACUCCAAUGGGUGAAAUGCCUAGCUGGACUUUGAGGGUCGACGUUUCAACCCCACUGUGGUUCUUUUGUGAGCAAGUGUCACAUUGCAGUUCGGGAAUGGUCGGAGCCAUCAAUGCACCCGACGCAGGCGACAAGACGUUUGAAGCAUUUUUAAAGUCAGCGGAAAGUCAAGGAGGAGCUGCACCGGCUGAAGGAGGAGCCCCACCGGCUGAAGGAGGAGCUGCGCCCGCGGAAGGAGGGGCUGCACCGGCUGAAGGAGGAGCUGCACCGGCUGAAGGAGGAGCUGCGCCUGCUGAAGGAGGAGCUGCACCGGCUGAAGGAGGAGCCCCACCGGCUGGAGGAGGAGCCCCACCGGCUGAAGGAGGAGCUGCGCCC